GUAGACCCGCUUGGACACAACAAAGGGCGUUACGAUACUUUGACAACAAAACCCGGGCUGUUUCUGUUUUGUGUUUGUUACAACUACAAGUUUCUUACAGCAACCAUUUCGUAUACAGCCUCAUAUCUGAUUGGCGCUGAUCAUUAACUGGGAUACUGAAAACACAAUUCAUCAUGGUUUUGCUUCAACGCUCCAGAUUAGCCGCUCAAAGCCUCUCAAAAUGUCGUCAAGCACAGCUUCAAUCCUCAGUGAGGAGAUACAAUACUGCAGUGAUCUCAUCACUUUCUCAAAGAGAUGGAAAAAGCCCCUCUCUGUCUCUAUCUGCCAGCCACUCAAAAGCAUCAACAGCUCUUCACACACCUUCACCCACAGCAGUUAUGACUCGUCCUUACUCAACAGCAAGUGAGGAUAUGUAUACCGCAUCUUUUGCUUUCUUCGAGGCUAUCUGGGAUGCUGGUAUCACCCAUUGUUUUGUGAACUUGGGUACUGAUCAUCCAAGUAUCAUCGAGGCUAUGGUCAAGGGACAACGGGAGAAGAAGGGCAAAUUCCCCAAGAUCAUCACAUGUCCCAAUGAGAUGGUGGCCAUGUCAAUGGCUGAUGGCUAUGCCCGACUAACAGGCAAGCCUCAAUGUGUGAUUGUCCACGUCGAUGUUGGUACUCAAGGCCUCGGAGCAGCUGUCCACAACGCUUCCACGGGACGAGCCCCCGUGUUAGUAUUCGCCGGUCUAUCACCUUUCACACAAGAAGGCGAACACCGCGGAAGUCGCACAGAGUACAUCCACUGGAUCCAAGAUGUACCAGACCAAAAACAGAUCAUUUCUCAGUACUGCCGAUACACGGGCGAGAUCAAGACAGGAGCUAACGUCAAGCAAAUGGUUAACCGUGCUCUGCAAUUCGCUACAUCAGAUCCUCAAGGUCCUGUGUAUCUUUGCAGUGCACGAGAGAUUCUCGAGGCUGAUCUGAAGCCUUAUUCUCUGAAGCAGGAACAUUGGGAGUCGGUUGAGCUUGGUGGUCUUCCUACAAGUGCUGUUGAUAAGAUCGCUGAGGCUUUGGCUGGUGCAAAGGCUCCCUUGUUGGUAACUGGGUAUAGUGGACGAAACCACAAGGUACCGGCUGCGCUUGUCGAAUUGGCGGAUAAGGUUAAGGGAUUGAGAGUCUUGGACACCGGCGGCUGUGAUAUGUGCUUCCCUGCUGACCAUCCUGCCUGGAUCGGAUUGAAGUUUGGUGUUGACGACGCUGUUGAGUCUGCUGAUACUAUUGUCGUCCUGGACUGCGACGUACCUUGGGUCCAGACACGCUGCAAGCCUCGCGAGGAUGCAAAGAUCUUCCACAUCGAUGUUGAUCCCCUGAAGCAGCAGAUGCCAACUCACUACAUCCAAGCAGAUGCACGCUACAAGGCCGAUGGUCUGACAGCCGUCCAACAAAUCACCGAAGCUCUUAACAAGAAAGAAUUCGCCAGCAAACUCGAGGUUAACGCCGCGGAGACAGAGAAGCAGCGUGCUGAAGUCCAUGAGAACAAAUUAGCUACCAUCGCUAAGGCCGCUGAGCCUCUCGCAGACGAUACUUUCGGCACUGGCCAUCUUAGCAAGAAGCUCCGUGAUCUUUGCCCCGAAGAUACAAUCUGGGCUAUUGAAGCUGUUACCAACACUGGUUUCGUGCACGACAACAUCCAGCCCACGAUUCCUGGAUCUUGGAUUAACUGUGGAGGCGGUGGUCUUGGCUGGUCUGGUGGCGGUGCUCUGGGUAUCAAGCUUGCGACAGAUGCUGAGAACGGUGGCACAAACAAGGGCAAGUUUGUUGUGCAGAUUGUGGGAGAUGGAACAUAUCUCUUCACAGUACCUGGUAGUGUGUACUGGAUCUCAAGACGAUACAAGAUCCCCGUUUUGACUAUUGUCCUCAACAACAAGGGAUGGAACGCUCCUCGCAGAUCUCUACUCUUGGUUCACCCCGACGGCCUCGGUUCAAAGGCCACAAACGAAGAGAUCAACAUUUCCUUCGACCCAGUACCAGACUACGCUGGUAUCGCUAAGGCUGCUGCAGGUGGAGAUAUUCACGCUGCUAGAGUUGACAAGGCUUCGGAUCUGGAGAGUGUGUUGAAGGAGGCUAUUGCUAAGGUGCAGGCUGGACAAACUGCGGUGGUUGACUGCAAGGUUGCGUCGGAUUGCUAAAGACUUAUGAAUAACGAGAAGAUAAUGUGGAGGGUUUGU